GUGAUCGGCUUCUCUUUGAGUAGACUGCGAGAAGAUGAGGAGGAUAAGCGGCCGGCUCGCACCUACUGUGUAAAUUAGCCCCCUUUUUAAACAUCGACCGUUUCGUCUACUUUUUUGUAGUUUCUUGCCAAUUUUAAUGUCGUUUAAGUGUGAUCGGAGAGCUGUUGAGAGGGACGAGGCGUGACACUUGGAAGAAGGAACACGGUCAGUUGCACCGGAUGUCAUUAAACGCCUCAUAAAUAGCAAGGAGGUGAGCGCAUGCUACAUUCGUCUGGUUUUUGUUCAUUUUUCUGUCGUGUUGGGGUGCCCAAAGCGUUUCAUUUGCACACAGUACAAUCAAGACGAAAGCCAUGGACGUUGUAACGCAUAUGGUGAACGACACAGUAGAGUUUUACAAAUGGAGCCUUACUAUAGCAGACAAGCGGGUGGAAAGCUGGCCAAUGAUGUCAUCACCCUUCCCCACGCUGGCCAUCAGCAGCCUGUACCUGCUCUUCCUGUGGGCGGGGCCUAGAUACAUGCAGGACCGCCAGCCCUACACGCUCAGGAAGACCCUGAUAGUGUACAACUUCAGCAUGGUCGUCCUCAACUUCUACAUCGCCAAAGAGCUCCUGCUUGGCUCAAGAGCAGCCGGGUACAGCUACCUCUGUCAACCUGUCAACUACUCUAACGACGUCAAUGAAGUCAGGAUAGCAUCAGCUCUUUGGUGGUACUACAUCUCCAAGGGAGUGGAGUUCCUGGAUACGGUUUUCUUCAUCCUGAGGAAGAAGUUCAACCAGGUCAGCUUCCUCCAUGUGUACCACCACUGCACCAUGUUCAUCCUCUGGUGGAUCGGCAUCAAGUGGGUGCCUGGUGGGCAAGCUUUCUUUGGUGCGACCAUCAACUCUUGCAUCCAUGUUAUCAUGUACGGCUAUUAUGGUCUGGCUGCACUGGGACCUCAGAUGCAGAAGUACCUCUGGUGGAAGAAGUACCUCACCAUCAUGCAGAUGAUCCAGUUCCACGUGACCAUCGGCCACGCCGGCCACUCCCUCUACACGGGCUGCCCCUUCCCCAACUGGAUGCAGUGGGCCCUGAUUGGCUACGCCGUCACCUUCAUCAUCCUCUUCGCCAACUUCUACUACCACGCCUACCGACGCAAACCCUCCCCGGCGCACAAGGGGGCCAAGCCCUUCACCAACGGCGUCUCCAAGGCUACCAACGGCCACAGUCAGUCGGAGGAGGUGCAGGACAACGGCAAGAGGCAAAAGGGCAAGGGACGGGCGAAACGGGAGUAAGGCUGGCUGGCUAGGACGAUGAACCAGAGGACAGUGUUAAGGGACCAGAGAUGGAUGAGAGGGGGGAGGCGGGUAGAUGGGGAGGAAAACCAGGUGAGCACGGUGCUAAUGAAGGCUGGACGAGAGUUGCUAUUGGUCGUCUUUCAUCGCUGGUUUCUUUUAAAAGUGAGCAAAGCAAACAUGCUGAACACGUAGGCUUCAUGUGGCCAAAAUGGUUUUUAUGGACCACGUCACGCACCCAGAAUGUCGUUGAAGAGCUUACUCAGCAUGCACCAACCAAUUCUUCUUACACUGGAGCCCCGGUCAUGUUUUCUUUGAGAGCUUCCAUAGUCUUAACAAAUUCUGCUUGUGAUUAUUCUUUUUUUCUCGCCCCUUGACGGAGUUUUAUUUCAUGAAUUACACGGACACCCGAUGAGGUCUGCACCCACGGAAGAGCUUUUGUUUACACAAUUAUUGAUAUCCAAUAAAAAGAAUGUAUCGCCACUUUUUAAUUCCAAAGAAAACCACAAAAAAAUGUGGGGAUAAAAAAAAAGGACAUAGGAUAGCCAACAAAUGUAUUUGUGAAAACAUGUACAUAUGCAAAGGUUUGGGCACCCCGGACUUUUUGCAUCAUUUUCAUUAAUAAGUCAAUGGAUCUCAUAUUACAGUACAUUUAUUUAAAACUGCUGCAUAAAGAAACAAUUACAAAAAACUUUUCAAUUUCGAUUUUUCAAACCUAAGCUACCCAACUUCAUUUAUUUGUUUUGGGGUGGGGGUUGAGUUGCUUUAUAGUUCCUGCAGUCUGGGUGAAUCAAAAACCACAAAGUACGCUCAAGAAAAUGUAGGAGAGGCUCACCGUGCCACACUUUGAAAAGACCCAAACUAACGGCAUUAGCUGCAAAAAAAAAAACACAUCAGCAGCUCUUACCGUCACUGUGCUGCACUCAAUUUUAGUCUUUGUUUUUCAAUCUGAAAUACCUGGUCAGGGGAGGGGACAGUAGUUUUUUUUGCUUACUUGGCAUCAUAUUUUUGUGGGUCUCCAUGUUUUGUUGUUUUUUGCUGUGCGAUGUAGCCGAGAAUAAAGAGAUUGAUUGUCGUCUCACUGCCACCAUGUAGGGUCUGUCCUUUUUUUAUGGAAACAAACUGCACAUACAACUCAAAUAAAAGAGUGACAGCACUCUUUGCAGCGUG